CCGGCCUGGCGGGUCGGGAAGUCCGGGCGGCUGUUAACGCGCGCUUUGGCAAGAGGAGGGUUACCGGGGAGCUGCGUAGGCCUGAGUCUGUCCCUGCUGCUCUUUUCUGCCCCUCCUGGGAUUCUUUUCCCAAACUGGGUCUUUUACUGGUUCCUUUGGGGUCCCUGCUGGACCUCUCUCAGUCCGGGCUUCGUAUCCGCGUUCCAACCCGGGAAACUCCUUCUCCGGACUCGGUGCCUGGCCCUGAAGCUUUGGACUUGAACCUCAGCUUCUCUGUCCUUGCCCGUGACUGCCUUAGCCCCGCAACAAUCUCCUUCCGACACCCUGACUGGGACCAUCAUCCUGAUUCUACUCUGUCCGGCCUGGGACUCCACCCCUCCCCCACCCCACUCUUAACGCUGCCGGGACCCUCCCUCUGGCCUAGUCUUCCGCCUCGCUUAACUGGCAGCAGACACACUCGCACACUUUGGGCCCGGGCUCUAUCCCGUGGCCGAAUUCAUUCCAACCAUGUCCCCUCUGUAGUUAGCAGCCUCCUCCGUAGCAGGCCCUAGCUCUGCAUUCUCAGCUGCCGGCGCCUUUGACCUUUGGCUAAUGGGCUCUUGACUUUUGUGCUCCUGGGCCCAGGAUGGUUUUCAAUUUUCCUUUUUACCUUGCAGAGGAGGAGCUUGGCUCCCAGCCAGCUGGCUAAGAGAAAGCCGGAGGGCAGAUGCCCUGACGAUGCAGACUGGCAGCCUGAGACCGUGACUCCUAAGAAACAGAAAUCCAGAAGCGAGAGCCAGAUGCAGGAAUGCUUCCUGUCUCCUUUCCGGAAACCUUUGACUCAGCUGACCGAUCGACCACCCUGUCUGGAUAGCAGUCAACAUGAAGCAUUUAUUCGAAGCAUUUUGUCAAAGCCUUUCAAAAUCCCCAUUCCAAAUUAUCAAGGUCCUCUAGGUUCUCGGGCUUUGGGCCUGAAAAGGGCUGGAAUCCGCCGGGCCCUCCACGACCCUCUGGAAGAAGGUGCCUUAGUUCUGUAUGAGCCUCCCCUGCUGAGUGCCCAUGACCAGCUGAAGCUAGACAAGGAAAAACUCCCUGUCCAUGUGGUUGUGGAUCCUGUCCUCAGUAAGGUUUUGCGGCCUCAUCAGAGAGAGGGAGUGAAGUUCCUGUGGGAGUGUGUCACCAGUCGGCGCAUCCCGGGCAGCCAUGGCUGCAUCAUGGCUGACGAGAUGGGGCUAGGAAAGACGCUACAAUGCAUUACAUUGAUGUGGACGCUUCUGCGCCAGAGUCCAGAUUGCAAGCCAGAAAUUGACAAGGCGGUGGUGGUGUCGCCCUCUAGCCUGGUGAAGAACUGGUACAAUGAAGUUGGGAAAUGGCUUGGAGGUAGGAUCCAGCCUCUGGCCAUCGACGGAGGAUCUAAGGAUGAGAUAGACCAAAAGCUGGAAGGGUUCAUGAACCAGCGUGGAGCCCGGGUGCCAUCUCCCAUUCUCAUCAUUUCCUAUGAAACCUUCCGCCUUCAUGUUGGAGUCCUCCAGAAAGGAAGUGUUGGACUAGUCAUCUGUGACGAGGGACAUAGACUCAAGAAUUCCGAGAAUCAGACUUAUCAGGCCUUGGACAGCUUGAAUACCAGGCGGCGGGUACUCAUUUCUGGGACCCCCAUCCAGAACGAUCUGCUUGAGUAUUUCAGCUUGGUACAUUUUGUUAACUCGGGCAUCCUAGGGACUGCCCAGGAAUUCAAGAAGCAUUUUGAACUGCCAAUUUUGAAGAGUCGAGAUGCAGCUGCCAGCGAGGCAGACAGGCAGCUAGGAGAAGAGCGACUGCGGGAGCUCACUGGUGUUGUGAAUAGGUGUUUGAUACGGAGGACAUCUGACAUCCUUUCUAAAUAUCUGCCUGUGAAGAUUGAGCAGGUGGUUUGUUGUAGGCUGACACCCCUUCAGACAGAGUUAUACAAGAGGUUUCUGAGACAGGCCAAACCAGCAGAAGAGUUGCAUGAGGGCAAGAUGAGUGUGUCCUCCCUUUCUUCUAUCACCUCACUAAAGAAGCUUUGUAAUCAUCCAGCUCUAAUCUAUGACAAGUGUGUGGAAGAGGAGGAUGGCUUUGAGGGUGCCUUGGACAUCUUUCCCCCUGGUUAUAACUCUAAGGCCAUAGAGCCACAGCUUUCAGGCAAGAUGCUAGUCCUGGAUUACAUUCUGGCAGUGACCCGAAGCCGCAGCAGUGACAAAGUCGUGCUGGUGUCCAAUUACACCCAGACGUUGGACCUCUUUGAGAAACUCUGUCGAGCUAGAAGGUACUUGUAUGUGCGCCUGGAUGGCACGAUGUCCAUUAAGAAGCGGGCCAAGGUUGUGGAACGCUUCAAUAGUCCAACGAGCCCUGACUUCGUCUUUAUGCUGAGCAGCAAAGCUGGGGGCUGUGGCCUCAAUCUCAUUGGGGCUAACCGGCUGGUCAUGUUUGAUCCUGACUGGAACCCAGCCAAUGACGAACAAGCCAUGGCCCGGGUUUGGCGUGAUGGUCAAAAGAAAACCUGCUACAUCUACCGUCUGCUGUCCGCAGGAACCAUUGAGGAGAAGAUCUUCCAGCGUCAGAGCCACAAGAAGGCACUCAGCAGCUGUGUGGUGGACGAGGAGCAGGAUGUCGAGCGGCACUUCUCCCUGGGCGAGUUGAAGGAGCUCUUUACCCUGGAGGAGGCUAGCCUCAGUGACACGCACGACAAGCUGCACUGCCGCCGUUGUGUCAAUAGCCGCCAGGUCUGGCCACCCCCUGAUGGUUCUGACUGCACUUCAGACCUGGCUCAGUGGAACCACAGCACUGAUAAACGGGGGCUCCAGGAUGAGGUACUCCAGGCUGCCUGGGAUGCUGCCUCCACGGCCAUCAGCUUCGUCUUCCACCAGCGUUCCCACGAGGAGCAGCGGGGUGUCCACUGAUAAGCUGCUGGUUUGGAUCUAGCUAGCUGUUUGAGGAAAGGGACAGGGGAAUUGGUUCUGCCCCACAGGGCCCUGCCGAAUUUUGUUCUCUGAGAGAAAACCAUGGAGAAAGGGGUACAUGAUGUUUGCCCAAAAUUUAUUUUAUAAGAAAAACUUUUGGUUAAAAAAAAGAAAGGAAUAAAGGUAUGAAAGGGA